AUGAGAGCGUCGCUCUCUGCUUCAGGCAUCUCACACUCCCCCGUCACGCUGCCAUGCCUUUCACUUCCUCCAGUCAAAGGUCACAAGGUCAGCGGCUCCACCGAGGGUCAGGCACUGUGGCCCGGCGCGUUCCCUUCACCAGGAGCCUCCUGUUGUGUGGUCUGGUCACAUUCAUUAAUCAUAGCGUCUGAGCGCCGCUUUGAACUAUCAGGCCAGGUCAUUAAACCCAGCCUGUCUGGGGCGCGGGAGCGGGCGACACGGAAACACUUUGGAGAGCGCUGGUUCACCCAGACCCGGGACACACUAUUAAUGACCAGUGUGUGUGUUGAGGCGGUCCAGGUGCUGCUCUGGGUGCUCCUCUCUUUGCUGCCUCUAGUGGAAGGAGCUCAUAUGAAAGCUGGUGCUGCCAGUGUGGUAUCGGACUCGGGCCACGCUGUGGGCCUGUUGGGGGGGCAGGAGGAGCGACAGCCUCCUGUGACGUUACCAGAGGUGGUGGAGGACGAGGAGCAGGAAGACGACAGUGACCCUUACUCUACUUGGCACGCUCUAUAUGACCCAUUUGUAAUAGAUGAGGUGGAUGACCAUCCCAGUAGUCGUUGGGCGGGGCGUUCUCCACGCUCCUCUGACCCCACAGAGCCUAAACCCACAGGAUCACAGAAGAAAAAGAAGAAGAGGAAAAGGAAAGACAAGGAGGAAGUGGAAGAGACGGGGAAAAGAGAUAAAAAGGGCAGAGGUAAAAAAAGGCGGCCAAAGCAGAGCAGCAGGGACUGCCGGGUGGAAAAGAGAGAGAUGAAGGUUCGGGACCUGGGCCUCGGGUUUGACUCGGAUGAGAUUGUCCUCUUCAAGUUCUGUGUGGGCUCCUGUCAGUCCUCAAGAACAAAUUACGACCUGGCCCUGAAGGCACUGCUGGAAAACGGGUCGGUGCCCCGGCGCAAAGUCAGCAGCCACCCCUGCUGCCGGCCCGACCGGUACGAGUCAGUUUCCUUCAUGGACGCCCAGACCACGUGGAGGACCAUCCAGUCUUUAUCUGCCGCCAGCUGCAUGUGUAUGGGCUGA